AUGCUGUUUUAUUUUCAAAUUGACUUUGUGCCAAGCACGAUACUUGCCUUUGGUGCAGUGAUACUAGCAAUGAUAAUUUACCUGACUGUAAUGCUUUAUAAUCUGCGGUUAAGCAAUGAAUUAAAGAAUGACACUCUUUGGAAAAGAUUGAAGAAGUUUGAUAAGUAUUCGUUGGCUUAUAGGUUUCAGUUGGAAGAAAAUUUGAAGGUUUUUCAGCUCAUCAAAAAAGUGAUUCUCGCCAUCGGAACCUACAUAUUCUUGAACAUUCUCUGUAUUUCUUUCGUCAAUUCCAACAUUUUCUCCGCUUCGUUCAACCUCACUCUCAUCUUUUUAGUGGAAAACUGUAUUUUAUUAAAUCCCCUACUAAUUUGCACCGUCACCAUGUGCUCCGUUGAACCGUGGCGCCUCAUUUUACUCCGUGAUGUUGAUUUUGUGCUCGGUGGUCUGAGACUGAAGAAAUUGGGUGUCGGAGGAAAAGUUCAUGACUUCAAGAAGCCGACGGAUAUUCUGAGAGACGGCAAGACGAUAGCUCUAGAAGAAACUAAUAUUUAUUUUAGAGAUUUGAAAUCUAUGUGGGCUUAG